GUGAGCAGUGAGGGGUGCGGGAUAUGUAGUAGCGGCUGCGGCAGUAUCUUAUAAUUUUGCUACAUUUUGUUGUGGUGGCGCGUGCACUGCACAAGUAGCAAAGCGGGUGUGUGUGUCAGUGGGGCUGAGUGAGGAAGAUCUCUCUCGAGCUGGAGGAGCCUCGGUUUUGCGCCGCCUGCUCUGCGCUCCAGCUCCGGUUUUCUGCCGCCUGCUCUGUGCUCCAGCUCCGGGUUUCUGCCGCCUGUUCUGUGCUCCAGCUCCUGGCUUUUCUCGGCCGGUGCCGCGUGCGCGUCAGGCCUGCUCGCGUUGAACUUACGUCCGCUGGCGAGAGCCACGUUUUCUCGCUGCUUUUCCGUCCUCUGCACCAUGGGGAGGCGAAAGAACAGACCCAGAAAUCGAGACAGGAAUGAAAACGCCGGCAACGAACCUGGUUGGGGAGCUGGUUAUCAAGAGAUUAUUAAAGAGAACAAGCUCUAUGAAGAAUAUUACCAAGAACAAAAGAUUGUUCCUGAGGGGGAAUGGGACCAGUUUAUGGCAACCAUGAGAGAACCAUUGCCAGCUACUAUUCGGAUAACUGGAUAUAAGAGUCAUGCAGAAGAGAUUUUGCGUUGUCUAAAAACAAAAUACUUCCAAGAACUGCAAGACUUAGAGGUGGAUGGGCAAAAGAUUGAAGCCCCGCAACGUUUGAGCUGGUAUCCGAGUGAAUUAGCUUGGCAUAUUAACAUUAGCAGGAAGAUGCUGAGAAAGUCACCAGUCUUGGAGAAGUUCCACCAGUUCCUUGUUAGUGAGACUGAGUCUGGAAAUAUCAGUCGCCAGGAAGCUGUCAGUAUGAUCCCUCCUUUACUGCUUGAUAUUAAGGCUCAUCACAAGAUUCUUGAUAUGUGUGCAGCACCCGGAUCAAAGACUGCUCAGCUGAUUGAAAUGCUGCAUUCUGACAUGAAUGUUGCUUUCCCAGAGGGUUUUGUAAUUGCUAAUGAUGUUGACAACAAGCGGUGUUACCUGUUGGUUCAUCAGUCAAAGCGCUUGCACAGCCCUUGUAUCAUGGUAGUAAAUCAUGAUGCAUCGAACAUACCAAGAUUACAGAUGGUGGAGACUGAUGGUCAAAGAAACAUUCUCUUCUAUGACAGGAUUUUGUGCGAUGUACCAUGCAGUGGUGAUGCAACCUUAAGAAAGAAUAUUGACGUGUGGAAAAAGUGGACAACCAGCAACAGCCUACAUUUGCAUGGUUUGCAGCAAAGAAUUGCAAUCCGUGGUGUGGAACAGUUGGCAGUUGGAGGCAGAAUGGUUUACUCCACCUGUUCUCUGAACCCUAUUGAAAAUGAAGCUGUAAUUGCAACUAUUCUUGAGAAGAGUGAAGGAACUCUUGAAUUAAUUGACGUCUCAUCAGAGUUGCCAGGGUUGAAGCGGAUGCCUGGCUUAACAUCAUGGAAGGUAAUGACGAGAGAAAGCCAUUGGUAUGCGGAAUGGUCAGAGGUACCAGAGAACAAACAGACCCAGAUCCGUCCUACGAUGUUCCCAAUCAAAGACCCUGAAAAGCUCAAACUAAUGAAUCUGGAAAGAUGCAUUAGGAUACUCCCUCAUCAUCAAAAUACUGGAGGAUUCUUUAUUGCUGUUCUGGAGAAAAAGGCUCCAAUACCAUGGAACAAGCGAGAACCAAAGCUGAGCCAUAAAACAGCAGCAGCUAAUACCCCAGUUGAAGGCGAUGAAAAACUUGCGGUAAUGGAAGAAGUUAAAAAAACUGAUGAUGGUGAAGAAUCAUCAGCCAGUAAAGAUGGUAUUUGUUGUCCACCACCAUCAAAGAAAAUGAAACUAUUUGGAUUCAAAGAAGAUCCGUUUGUGUUCCUGAGUGAAGACGAUCCAAUAUUUCUACCGAUUCAGGAAUUUUAUCAAUUGGAUCCAUCUUUCCCCAAGUCGAAUGUCCUCACUAGAACGCAUGAGGGAAAGAAGCGUCACCUCUACAUGGUUUCAAAGGAACUAAGAAAUGUGCUUCUCCAUAACAGUGAACGAAUGAAGGUGAUCAAUACAGGAAUUAAAGUUUUGAGUCGCAAUAAUGAUGGGGAAGAAUUUGGUUGUGCCUUCAGAUUAGCACAAGAGGGUAUUUAUACUAUAAACCCAUACAUUAAUGGAAGAAUCAUUAAGGUUUCUAUUGAGGACAUCAUGGUGCUGCUAACGCAAGAAAAUCCAUUCAUUGGCAAACUUACAAGUGAACCUCAGAAACAAGCCAAGAAACUAAAUAUGGGGAGCAUUGUGCUGAAGUAUGAACCAGAACCUUCCUGUAUUUACAGAAACACUGAAGGUCCAAAUUGCCCAAUUGUACUGUGUGGUUGGAGGGGAAAGAAUUCAAUCCGUGCCUUUGUUGCUAGGAACGAGCGUUUCCAUUACCUACGAAUGUUGGGAGUCGAGGUUUUCAGAGACAAGAGUAAGGGUGAAGGAUCAGACAGUACGGCUGCAAAUACUGAGAAAAACAAGGAGCCAAUGGAAGAAGGGGAAUUGAAUUUAAAGAGAGAGGCUGAAUGUUUGAAAGGGGAUUCUGACAUACUACAAGAACCUGAAGAAAAAUAUGAUAAGAUCCUUGGGACCACAGAAGAAUCUGAAAAACAUCAAGAACAAGUACAGCAUGCAAAGAUGGAAAUCAAUGAUACAUUAAGAAUUCCAGAAUCUAUUGAGUCAUGUUCAAAAAUCGAAAACUUUAGUGCUGAAGCAGCAUGUCCUGAUGCAAAUUAACCUUGGGUUUCUACUUUUUAAAAAAAAAUGCCAAACAUGUACUGAUGCAGAUUGUAGCGUAAGUUAUUUUAUGACUUAGUAUUGGGUAUCCAGUUCUGCCAAGCGGUUUCUGGAGGAAAAUAUUAAUUUACUUGCAAUCCAAACUUGAAUAUUUCUUAUGAAUGUACUCAGAGCUUUAACUAGGCAGAUAGGUUUGAAAGCUUAUUCGAUUACAAGUUAUCAGAGCAUGAAUUAACCACUUUCUGAUUUCAAUAUCAUCUUUUCUGUGAAGAUAUCUUGGUCAUUUGCCAGACAUACUCUCCACAAAAAUUGAAUGAAGCAAGUAUCUUCAUGAAGGGGCAGGGAGAGGGGAAAAGAAUUGUAUCACUUUCAUUAUGACUUCAUUCAUGAAAGAUGAUGAUUUUUGACUCUAUGCACAUGACUAAGUUGCAUUGUUUUUUCAAAUAGUUUGACAACCCAUUCUCUUGAAGAAAAUAACUUUUAAAAUGACCAUCCCUACUGUUUGGUGGCAUUUUUGUUAAUGCUUCUAUUUGUGCUUUUUUAAAAAAAAACUUUGUGAACCCUGUCUUUGAAAAAUGACUUUAGUUAAAUUUAUAAGCUGAAGUACUAACUUUUAUUUUAAAGGAUCAUGGUUUUAUGGUAAUUUUGAUCUCUACUUAAAUAGUAAACUAGAGGAGCUGAUUGACUAUCAAUUAUACACCUGCCUGAUUUUCUACUGGUUUACUGCCCUUGUGUUGAAGAUGAUAAUUGCCCCUUUGAAUUCAAUCAUUAAUUACUUUGCAAAUUCUGUGUAUGUACCAAAGGAAACUGUUUCAAGUUUGUAUUGAACAUGAUUCCAGAUGUGAGGACAUUUUUUUUUCAGUCAUUUUUUGUCCAAUAAAAGGCACUGGAUCUUG